AUGCAGAAUUUUGAACAUAGAACUUUUACGCUAAAGCAGGAAACAAAUUACGACGGCAUUAUAAAAUGCGAUCCUUUGUAUGAAAAAAUUGUUAUCGUAUUAAAUAGCGGAGUCCAAGAAAAAAUAACAAUCGCAAUUAAUUUAAUAUGCGCAUUAUUAUACAUUAAUGACAAGGGACAAACGAGGAAGAAAUCUUUACAUAUCUAUGCACAAAAUAUGAUAAGAGUCAGUGGUAUCUUAACAUCCAUGACAAACCUCUUUAUAAGUUUUAUGAUGCAUCAAGACACCCUGAAGGCCGUAUGUCGAGGUAUCAGCGAGGCUUGCCGCGAAUGUUCUAUCAAUCAGACAUUUUGCUCACAUAUAGUACCUUUGUGUAUACGACGAUGUCGUGGAGGAAGUUCUGAUAUGUUUAUUGUUUUGCAAAGUCUACUAUCAAACCAUAGCCGCAAUAUGAAAUUGUUUCACGAGAACAAUGGAAUGAAAAUAUUUACUAGAGAAUCUUUGCAACAUUCAUUUUGCCUGCAACUACUGAACACUGUUGUUGAAAACACGACGAAUGAAAAUCAUCCUGUAGUAUCGGAGUCGUCUCAUAUAUUCGAGCAUCUGCGGUACUUUUUGCAUAGAUACGGAGCGUCUAAUUUGAUAGGCCAAUGGGUCUCUAUCAUUCUGUUUUCAUAUCAAAAAGUUUUAAGAAAAUUUGGUAAAGAGAAUAAUAAUAUAAUUGGUAUCGACGGAAGUACAAGGAAAGGCAAGGCAGAAGAGUCCCAUCCAUCAAGACAUGUGGUUCGCAACAACAAACAAAAUGACACAAAUGUAUUAUUCCGUAAUAUUUUAAAAGAAUUAAUUGGAACACAAAGUAUAAAUUACGGUCGUAAUAGAAACACCGCGCGUAAAAAUAAUUAUGACAUUAACUUUAAUAAAAAUACUCAAUAUGGUCCUGCGUAUGAUACAACUAUUGAUGAAAAGGAAAUUUUAAGAGGAAACACUAGACCCAUAGUCAAUUAUGAUAAUUUAGAUGAACCCAUUCCCGCAGCUAACAAUGAUUUAUCAUUUUCAUUUUUAUUUAAAGCUCAUCAAAAACAAUCGUUAGAAAACAAAAGAUGUGAAACAUUAAGUUGUGUUCCUGAUUCUAUCAGGAAAAAAAAUAUUAAUAACAAUUUGGUAGAUCUCCCCUGUUGCAACCAAACCGCUAAUAAUUUUACGCAAAGUAUGCCUAAAAUUGGUGAUCCACUAUUGACGCAAGAGGAGGACAAAGAUAGUACAUUCUAUUUUGCACCACCUUUUGUUUCAACACCAAAACGCAAUGCUAAAGCAUUCAAGUCUAACUCUAUAUCACAAUCUUCUGGAACAUCAGUUAUGACAUCAGCUGCGACUCAAAGACAAUGUCAUAUUAAAACUAGGACUAAUAAAAUUAAAAAUAUUAAAAGAACGUCAGACAAUAAAAAAAUACAAAAUAAAACGAUUGGCGCCAAAUUUAUCGAUAUCAUCAAUGGGUCUUGCACAACACUAGUCAAAAGUUACACUUCCUUCAAAAAUAUAUUCAGAAAUAAAGAACCUUCGACUUGCAAAGAUGUAUCAACUAGUACAACAGCAGUGUCAACGUUCUGUAGCAACAGCUUUACAAAUUAUAUGCGUAAAAGAGAUGCAACGUCGAACUAUUUUGACGAAAACGAAAACAAAACACAAUUGAAAAGAGAAUUUAGCGGUGAAGAUAAUUUAAGUUCUUGCAAAACAUGCAACGAUACUAUCGCCUUAAAACAGAAACUGACGAAUGAUGCAAAAUUACAACAAACAGUUAAAAGAUUAAAGUUCGGUAUAAACAUGUACGGAUGCGACUUUAAGAAAAUAUCAAGAACUAUGUGGCCCAACGAACACUACAUGACACCAAGUGUAUUAUAUAAUUUAUAUCGGAAACUCAUAAUAAAAUAAAUCAAUUAAUUCCAACUAUUCAUUUAAUAACUCACUGAAGAAACAUGUGACAUAAGAUCUUGUCAAUUGACGAAAUU